GGUCGUGAAGUUGGACUAUAUUUCCCUCCGAUCAACAAUAAAGGGAAAUAAUCUAACUAGGUGUUGUGGGUAUGACGGGGAGCGAUGGGGGGAGGAUGUUUAGUUAUUGCCGAGGGAAAAUUAUAGAAAUGAAAGGGAAGUGGCAAGCGCUGGGACGAGGAAUGAAUGAAUGAAGAGAAAGAACAGGUGACUACAAUCCAGAAGAAAGAGCGAGAGGGCGAUGGCGAUGGAGAGAGAGGAGGAGAUGCGGAACGAGGCAGUGCGGUGGUUGAACUCGUACAAGUACAGCGUGGAAGUUGGAGCGAAGAUGGAGGCGCUGAGAAGGGUGAAGGAGAUAGUACUGCACAGAGCCCCUCGCUUGCUUCACCACUUUUUGCCCUUCCUCCUCGAACUUCAGGCCGACCCCUCCAGUCCUAUUCGCAAAUAUCUUGUCGAGAUGAUUGAAGAAGUUGGCUUGAAAUUCUUGGAACACUUGCGUGAUAUUGUUCCAGUCUUGAUUGCAUUUUUGAAAGAUGACACACCAGCUGUUGCACGGCAGGCCGUUACUACAGGGGCAAAUUUGUUUCGAAAUACACUGGAACAGGUGGCUCUGCAGGGCAUCUAUUCAGGUCAUUUAGACAAACAGAUUGAAGAUUCAUGGGCAUGGAUGGUUAAAUUCAAGGAUGCAGUAUAUCCGAUUGCUUUCCAGCCUGGAGCUGAUGGCGUAAGAUUGGUGGCAGUGAAGUUUGUUGAAACAAUGAUACUACUCUUUACCUUGGAUCCCAGUGUCUCCCGACAACCACCACCUCCCCAACACAAUAAUGAUGGGAAAUCGAGGGGCUUUGAUAUAUCAUGGAUACUUGAAAGUCAUCAUCCUAUCCUCGAUGCUGCACUGUUAGGACAGGAAGCUAAUAAAAAUCUGGGUCUUCUAUUGGAUCAGCUGCGGCUGCCUGACGUCAAAGUGCUUCAUAGUUCAGUUGCCAUCGUUCUUAUAAAUAGUCUUGCAUCAAUUGCAAAGAAAAGACCUGCUCUUUUUGGGAGAGUGUUGCCUGUUUUUCUUGAGCUAGCCCCAAGUUGUGAACCUGUAAGAGGAGCUCAGGUUUCUGGUGUGCAGAACAGUGUACAGAAUACACUGAAAAAUGCUUUUGUGGGAUUUAUUAAGUGUACAAAUCAAGGUGCAACUCCGUGGCGUGACCGCUUGGUAAGUGCCCUGAGAGCGAUGAAUUCUGGGGAUUUAGCUGAACAAGCUCUCCGCCAGGUUGAGAAAAUGACUAGGAAUUUGGAGAACUCCAAAUACGAAGCAUCAUCUGAACAGGAGCCGCCAAGUCAAGCUUAUAAUCUUAUAUCAAUGGAAACAGGUAGGAAGAGGACUUUGGUGCAAGAAACUGGCAAUAAGGCAACUGUAGAUGACAAGCCAGGAAAGCGAGUUCGACAUAAUUCUCCAGUUCUACAACAUCUCCAAUCUGGCUGUGAUGUAAUCAAUGAAAGUGCCACUUCCAAUGGGAAUGGUCCUGGGAGCUUGAUGAAUGGGCCUGAAAUGACCCCAGUUCAACAAUUGGUUGCAAUGUUUGGUGCAAUUGUUGCACAAGGAGACAGGGCUGUUGAAUCUCUAGAAAUUUUGAUUGCGAGAAUUCCAACAGAUUUGUUAGCUGAGGUAGUCAUAGCUAACAUGCACAAUUUACCGUCAACUCCUCCAACUGAGGACAGUGAUGAUCAUGAGCUGCCAGGAGGUUCCCAGUCAACUCUUACAGGGAAUGCCUCUCAGGUUGUGCCAUCAUAUAAUAUUUUAUCACAAGUAAUGGCGCUUUCAACUUCCGUUUCUCAAACAUCAAUGCCAGUGAUGAUGACAUCACAACUACCAAAGAGCACAGCACCAUCUGAAGUAGAAAUGGCUGUUUCUCAGCAACUUGUCUCUGACACUGGUUCUACUUCUCAAAGGGGUUCUGGGUCGAUAGAGACGCAGCAUAUGUCUUUUCCAGUUCCUGUAUCUAUAGCAUCUGCCAGCAUGGGGGAUACAAGUGCCUUCCCAUUUGUUUCAGGAAUGGAGGUAAACUUCUCAGAGGUUCAAGUGCCCAUGAUUGACAGUGAAAAAUUGAUUGCUACACAAAGGAAAGACCAAAAUGAAGCACUGCAGAAUAUCAUUCCAGGCCUACAUGGUCCUAUUUCAAUAGACAUAAAGAUGGAGACUGCAGAUAGAAGUAGCAUUUUAUCAUCAGUACCCAUGACAUCAACACAAAACGUUGUUUUGACUGGCUCUAAUAACAAAGAAAUGCAAGAAACUUCUCUGCCGGGGCAGUCAGGAAUUAAUAAAUCUGGGUCUGCCAUACCUGGAACUUUUAUUUCAGAGCCCAUAAGAUCUUCAGCGCCAAUUACAGCCAUGUCUGGAGGUACAUAUACUGCACUUGCAGUGACACCACCAAUUAUAAAUUUGAGUGAAGAGCAACAAACUUCAUUAAGCAGAAUGGCAUUUGUUCGCAUUAUAGAGGCAUACAGACAAGUUUCUUCAGCUGGAGGCUGUGAAUUGCGAGUUGCGUUGCUUACAAGACUAGUAGAUCAGUGUAGUGCUGAUUAUGAUGUUCGAGAAGUCUUGCAAAAACAUAUAUUGUCAGACUACAAGAAUUUCAAGGGUCAUGAAUUGACAUUACAUGUACUUGACCAAUUAUUUGGAGAGAUGGUAUCUCGACAAAAGGAUACUGGCUCAUCUUUGGGGGUUGCUUCAAUUUAUGAGAAUUUUCUUCUCAUUGUGGCACAAACUUUGCGUGAUUCUCUUCCAGCCUCCGAUAAAUCCUUGAGUAAAUUACUUGGUGAGGUCCCACUUCUUCCUGAUUCAGCCUUUAAAAUACUGGAGAACUUAUGCUGUGUAGGAAGAUAUGAUAAGGAUGGAAAGGAAGCCCUUAGUGGUGAUCGACUUACUCAAGGUCUCAGUGCAGUAUGGAGCUUAAUCUUGCUACGGCCACCUGCAAGGUCUAUUUGUUUGGACAUUGCUUUACAGACGGCGGUGCAUCCAAUUGAAGACGUGCGAUCGAAAGCCAUUCGUCUGGUGGCUAAUAAGUUAUAUCCACUAAACUCUAUUUCUCAAAAUAUAGAGGAGUUUGCGACAAAAAUGAUGCUUUCUGUGGCUGAUAACAUUCAAGGCGGGGAUAGUAUGGAGAUUGGGGGAUUAAGAAUUGUUGGGAGAGAGAGUAUCAAUCAACAGGAUCUAUCUAAUGGGUGGCCAAAAGUAAGCAAUUCCAGUAGGAAUUGUGGAGAAAGUUCUAAUGGGAAAGACCAACCAGGUUCUGAACAUAGUGUUUCUAAUGUGUCCAUUACAGAAGCACAGCGCUGCAUGUCACUAUACUUUGCUCUCUGCACAAAGAAGCCUGCUCUUCUUCAGAAAGUUUUCAGUAUGUAUAAAAAUGCGCCAAAGGCUGUAAAGCAGGCAGUUCAACGUCACAUUCCUCUUCUAAUACGCACCAUAGUAUUACCAGGACAAUCAUCAGAAUUACUUCGAAUUAUAUCUAAUCCUCCUGCAGGGAGUGAGAGCCUUCUUAUGCAGGUAUUGCAGAUAUUAACAGAUGGGACCACUCCUUCACCUGAUUUGAUUGCAACAGUGAAGACAUUACAUGAGACCAAGUUGAAGGAUGCAGGAAUUCUGAUUCCAAUAUUGUCAUCAUUGGCAAAAGAUGAGGUCUUACCUAUUUUUCCUCAGCUUGUUAGCCUUCCACCUGAAAAGUUUCAGGCUGCACUUGCACGGAUUCUACAGGGUUCUGCCCAUACAGGACCUGCUUUAACACCAGCAGAGGUUUUGAUUGCAAUACAUGGGAUAGAUCCAGAAAGAGAUGGUAUUCCUUUAAAAAAGGUGACCGAUGCAUGUAGUGCUUGCUUUGAGCAGCGUGAUGUAUUCACCCAACAAGUUUUAGCAAAAGUGUUGAACCAAUUGGUGGAGCAGACACCGAUUCCUCUGUUAUUUAUGCGCACAGUUAUUCAAGCAAUUGGUGCUUUUCCUUCACUGGUGGAUUUUAUAAUGGAAAUACUCUCACGCUUGGUAAGCAAGCAGAUCUGGAGAUUUCCAAAGUUAUGGGUUGGAUUCCUAAAGUGUGCAUACCAAACGAAGCCACAUUCAUUUCAUGUCUUAUUGCAGUUACCUGCAGCACAACUUGAAAAUGCAUUGCACAAGCAUUCUGUAUUGAGGGCACCUCUGGUUAUGCAUGCCAACCAACCAAACAUCCGGUCUACAUUGCCAAGGUCAACUCUAGUGGUCUUGGGUCUUGUUCAGGAAACCCAAUCUGCAAACUUGGCUUCUCAAAAUCCCCAGUCAAUGGAUGCAUCAACUCCUGUAACAAUAGCAAAUGAGACGCAAGCAUCAGAAUCUGUGGCUGGCAGUUGAAUGGUGCUUCUAAGAAUUUCCAUAUGAUGCUCAUGCACGUUUGAAGGAAGCGUCUGUGAGGUUAUUUUGUUUCUUGGCUGGAAAGUUGCAUUCUUUAUAAUGUUGCUGCAUGGGCUAUCGGGCCUGUCCAUAUAUUCUUUUAAGGGAUGCAAGAGGAAACUCUCUUGCAACUUUUAUGUACAGGCUUUAAUUCGAGAUUCAAAUAAAGAAAGAGCUGCAGUUUCUUCGUAUAUCUGAUGCCACUUGAAAACUGCCCUGUUAUGAUCUCGGAUGUCAGCUUUUACCAUGAAGAAAAGGUUUCUCAAUAUAACUAAUCUACCAGCUUUGUUUAUACUGCAGAUCGUUGGCACCCUUGUUACUUACGAAAUGUUGGGUGCCUAGAAGCAAAGAACCCAACAUAACGGCACAUGUGAUACCUUUGUAUGAUUAUAGAAAAGUUAAUGAUUGCUGAAUAUUCCCUUGUGGAGUGUAUAUUGGACCAUUUUUAUUUCAUUGAUUCAUCCCAACAGGUAGAUGGCAGAUGACAGCUGCAUGUACAAUAUCCAAACCAUAACUGUUCAAAAUAAAGCUGGGUUGAUUUUCUUUGUUAGAA